CAUCUAUUCAUCCAUCCUCCCAGGGCAAAAGAACAAACCUGCGUAAGACGAGCUCGGAUCGCAUCAACCACGGAAUGCGUGUGCACUUUAACUCUCUGGCUCUUCUGUUGGACUCCUCUUUAGAGGGCGAGUAUGACCUCGUCCAGAGGAUCAUAUAUGAGGUAGAAGACCCCAGUUUACCCAAUGAUGAGGGCAUCACUGCUUUGCACAAUGCUGUGUGCGCUGGACACGCGGAAAUCGUAAAGUUCCUGGUGCAGUUUGGAGUGAAUGCGAAUGCCGCAGACAGCGAUGGAUGGACUCCCCUGCACUGCGCUGCUUCUUGUAAUAACGUGCAAGUAUGUAAGUUCCUGGUGGAAUCAGGAGCUGCUGUAUACGCCACAACCUACAGCGAUAUGCAGACAGCGGCAGACAAGUGCGAGGAGAUGGAAGAAGGUUAUGCCCAAUGCUCACAGUUUCUCUAUGGUGUGCAGGAGAAGAUGGGCAUCAUGAACAGGGGCAUUGUUUAUGCCCUGUGGGACUAUGAUGCUGAGAGUCCGGACGAGUUGUCCUUUAAGGAAGGAGACUGCCUGACCAUCCUACGAAGAGAGGACCGUGAAGAAACAGAGUGGUGGUGGGCGAGAUGUGCUGACAAUGAGGGCUAUAUACCUCGCAACCUCCUCGGGUUAUACCCCAGAAUCAAGCCCAGACAGAGGAGCCUUGCAUAAACUCUCCAAAUCAGCGCUUAUGUGCCUGGAGUUUUGUCUAUCAUUUCAACAGUCACUUAGUUCUGCAGAGCAAAAGGACAUUUUGAAGAUGAACGCAUUACAUUUACAUGGUGAAGAAAAUAAGAAUAGUUUCAUGUUGGUAUGUUAUACAUGUUUUUAAGGUUAAAAGCUUUGGUAGAAAAGGUAGACAUAGAUGCAUAUUUCAGAAGCAGUUUCAAGCAUGUAUAGUAAAGUGAAAGAGGAAUGAAGAAUUUAUGAAUGGUACAGAUGCAUUAAUAGUCAUCUGAGUAUUAUAUCUCAUAUGAAGGAUGUCAGAUUUAGUAGUGUAAUUUUUCAUCUUUUUGAACAAAGUUUCUGUAUUCACAAAUGCUGAUUUGUUUCACAAAGUGCAAAACAAAAAGCAUUCAUCUUUUGAAGGAAAAUAAAGAGUUUUAUAUAAUUUUUUUUUCCUGUUUAUUUUAUUCAUAAUGCCAUGUUAUGUAAACCUAUUCUUAUGGUGCUUGCUGCUAUGCUACAACAGUGUGUUCUGUGAACAAUUAACAAUUUAUUGCGCAAAGACAGCUUUCAUUUAUCAUAAUAAAACUUGUCAAAACUCUUGACUCACUGUUUU